GCGUGGGUGGACCAAUAAUAGUAAACAAUUCCCGUGCGCGCAUGCGCACUGCGCGCGAUGUAAUGGAGGUUUGUCAAGGGAAGCAUCUGCUUUUAGCUGAACAUCUCUACGAAGGUUGAGGGCAGCUAUUAGGGUUUUAUUCGAUAAAGUCGGUAAUAGGGACUCGGGUCAGUCAAUAUGGCCUCUGACACGCUGGCCUCUAGGGGUAUUAUGACAUUUUACCCCACUGUUGAGGAAUUCAUGAACUUCAACCUUUACAUUGCGUACAUGGAGUCAAAAGGUGCACAUAAGGCAGGCCUGGCUAAGAUCAUCCCCCCCAAAAACUGGAAACCCAGACGUUCAUACGAUGACAUUGAUGACCUGAUAAUACCUGCGCCGAUUCAGCAGGUUGUGACUGGACAGUCAGGGCUGUUCACGCAGUACAACAUCCAAAAGAAGGCAAUGACUGUGAAAGAGUUUCGCAAAACGGCCAACAGUGACAAGUUUUGCAGCCCUCGAUAUGAUGAUUUUGAAGAGCUUGAAAGAAAGUACUGGAAAAAUGUAACUUUUAACCCCCCCAUUUAUGGAGCCGAUGUAAAUGGUACCCUUUAUGACCCAGAUAUCAAAGAAUGGAAUGUGGGGCACUUGAAUACCAUACUCGACACUGUAGAGCAUGAAAGUGCUAUCACUAUAGAGGGAGUGAACACACCCUACCUCUACUUUGGCAUGUGGAAAACCACUUUCGCUUGGCAUACUGAGGACAUGGAUCUCUACAGCAUUAAUUACUUGCAUUUUGGUGAACCAAAGUCCUGGUACUGCGUGCCUCCGGAGCAUGGGAAAAGACUAGAGCGGUUAGCAAAAGGAUUUUUCCCUGGAAGUGCACAAAACUGUGAAGCAUUUCUCAGACACAAGAUGACUCUUAUUUCUCCUUCAAUUCUGAAGAAGUAUGGGAUUCCGUUUGAAAAGAUCACUCAGGAGGCUGGGGAGUUUAUGGUGACUUUCCCAUAUGGCUAUCAUGCGGGCUUCAACCAUGGUUUCAACUGUGCUGAAUCAACCAACUUUGCCACAAGACGAUGGAUUGACUACGGAAAGCAAGCCAUUCUGUGUUCUUGUAGGAAAGACAUGGUGAAGAUCUCCAUGGAUGUAUUUGUAAAGAAAUUUCAGCCUGAACGUUACGAGCUGUGGUUGCUGGGGAAGGACAAUGCACCCAUUGACCAUUCCAAGCCCACGCCCGAGGCAGCUGAGUUUCUAGGUGGAGAGGCUGGAAAAAUUGUCAGUCAGGAAAUCUGCAUUGACAACCAAAGUAGUGAGGGGCAGAAGAAGAGCCUGGCCAAACAAAGAAUAGGAACAAAAAGACACAGAGUGUGUCUGGAUUUACCUGAUGAAGUUCUUCCAAAGAGUGAAACGAAUGAUGAGGAGGCUGAAUAUGGAAAGAAAGGAAGAUUGUCUCCAUUUACAGAACAAAGCAGACAGUAUGGAGAAUUGAAAAACGAAGAGAACCUGCUGUCCCUGAAGGGUUUGACUAAUAUAAAGAUGCUUCCAGUUUCCAAAAGCACUUCAUCUAGGGAGUAUGUAAAGGACACAAGUUGCGGUGCUGCAAACUCUAUUGCUAAACCAAGUCCACCAUCCCCAGUCUGUCCACAGCCAUUCCCAAAGCAUCAUCUCUCUAUAGCAUCUGUCCCUACUGCCCCUCACUGCCUGUCGGCUGUGCCACAGAUUUCCUCCAAACCAGGAGUGGCAAGCCUUCUCUUUCAUCGAACUUUGAGUCCUUCAGAUGCUCUGCAGGUUCACAGCUAUGCAGCCAGAUCAACACUCUUUAAACCUCAACAUCUCAGCACAGAGAAAUCCACAGGAGAUCUCAAAGAGCCAGACACCAAACCAGAUGUGAGGCCAAAUUUGCACGUGCCAGAAGCAAACACAGUCAAGCAUGAAAUUGAGGGUGAGAAAGAGAACAAGAGCAUGAAGAGAAAACUGCAGCCGCUGAGUGAGCUGCCCCGCUUUCAUCCCCUGCUCAGAGAGAGCUCCGUUAACGAGGAGAUUCAGGAACAGGUAGCUGAGCAAGAGGAAACCGAUCCCUGGGCCAGACUCCUCGCUCCCAUGUGGCAAAGCAAGCCACGCAACUUCAGGGCUGAGAAGGAUUUCAAUUUGCGCAUGGGCCAGCAGCCUCCAUACUGUGCAAUCUGUAGUAUCUUUCACACAUACGAACAGAGUGAUGUUAUCAGCCUGAGUCAGAGCAGUUCUGCAGCUGAAGGAGAAGACCAGCAGAGGAGCAAACCACUGAUUCCAGAGAUGUGCUUCACUGGCAGCUCUGAGGGACACCUGUCCACCCCUCAUCUGGAGGAAGACUGCACAAGCAGACUCGUCAGCUGCUCUGUGUGCAGUGUGCGCGUACAUUUCAGUUGUUACGGAGUGUCUCGUGACACAAAGCUGGACGGGUGGAGGUGUUCCCGCUGUGAAGCUAACGCCAUUGCUCAGGACUGCUGUUUAUGCUCUCUCCGAGGAGGAGCUCUGCAGAAGGCCAACAAUGACAAGUGGGUUCAUGUAUUGUGUGCUGUAGCAGUGCAGGAGGCUCGCUUUGUGAACAUUGCAGACCGUAGUCCUGUUGAUCUCAGUAGAAUCCCAAUUCAGAGGUUCAAGCUGAAAUGCCAGUACUGUCGUAAGUGGGUGAAGAUGAGUGCAGGUGGCUGCGUGCAGUGCUCUCAUGGCCGCUGCUCCACUUCCUUUCACCCCACCUGUGCGCAGGCAGCUGGAGUUCAAAUGCACCCAGAUGACUGGCCGUUCGUUGUCUACUUCACCUGCUGGAGACACAAGGGUGGCACACACAUGGAGCGCAACAAGGCAUCUAUGCGGGAGCUGGAGAAUGGACAAAAAGUCAUCUGCAAGCACAAAAACGGCCGAUACUACCAUUGUGAGGUGGUUGAGCUGACCAAAGCCACCUUCUAUGAGGUCAUUUUUGAUGAUGGCUCAUUCAGUGACAACCUGUUCCCUGAAGACAUAGUGAAUAGGGACUGUCAGCAGCUCGGUCCACCACCAGAGGGCGACGUAGUUCAAGUGCGCUGGACAGAUGGUCUGAUUUAUGGAGCCAAAUUUGUGGCCGCUCAUUUUAUCCCAAUGUACCAGGUGGAAUUUGAGGACGACUCCCAGCGUACUGUUAAGAGGGAAGACGUGUACAGUUUGGAUGAGGAGCUGCCUAAACGUGUUAAGGCACGCCUGUCUGUGGCAUCGGACAUGCGCUUCAAAGGAGUGUUUGUGGAGAAGGAGGUAAAGCAGGACUCGAAAAGACAGCGGGUGAUCAACUCUCGCUACAGGGAGGACUACAUUGAACCAUUCGUCUACAGAGCCAUCAUGGAGUAAAUUAUUCCUAAUCACCAAGUCCCCACAAACUACAUGGGUCAACAAACAUAUCAAUACACCAGCUUCAUUAAAAAUAUAACAUACAGACAAACAGGCUGGACCAGAUGCUUUGAUGUUUUAAGAGGACAAACAGGAAAUCAUACAAUGGAACAAAUGCAAAUACAUUUCCACCACAGAGCCUUUUGUUUUAUAAAACAUCAAGAUAAAAUUUUAGACCUUCACGCUGAGUACGAAUUAUUGCAGAAGUGUUCUUACUGUGAACAAUAAUAUCUGCAGUCGGCUAAGGCUCCAAUGAGAUUCCCAACAAUGGAAUAUUAACUCAAUCCAAUAGAACAGGCAUGUCUUGUGUAAGGGCGUUUGUUUGUUCAGACAGCACACAAAUGGCUCAGGCUCGGUAGGAGUGUUGAACGGCUCUCCAACUCCCACUAUCAUCAAUCAGAUGGUAGUAAUGUUUCAACUGUGUUUUUUAAUCCCAUCCCUGCAGACCCACUGGUUGACUGCACAUGAACAGACCUUUAGACCAUCAGACUGCUUUUUUAAGUUUUUAAAUGCUUUUGCAAUAUCUGAAUCUCAUGGAUGAAUCUAGUCUUUAUUAGUAUGAGCAGCUCUUUUGUGUGAUCUACUGUAAAGAUGGAACAUUCUAGAAAAAUGUAGCUUCAUACUCACAUUUACCUAUGCUUUGGUUUGGUUCGGGUUUAUUUAAUUUAUAUUUCUGAAGUGCAAGGAAUGCAAAUUUCCUGAUUUCAUAUUAGUUCUGGAGUUACUUUGUAAAAAUAAAUGUAUGUGUUAGAGAAAGAUUUUCUAUACUUUUUCUAAUCUUAGUUGCAUUUCUAUGCCAACACAGAAUAAUUUGUGGCCAGGCAUGGUCAAAAUGGUGCACUCAUCGACAUGUUUAUAUUUCUUCAGUUCAAUAAUACUUAAGGCAGGGAAGGUAACCUCUCAAAGUGCUCCAUUUGGAGAGUGCCAAGACUGGUGCCUGGUUUCGAUUACCUACAUUAUUUUAAAAAUGCAUUUUGUGGAGAUUCCUUUAGCUGUAUAGCAUUAUCAUUCCCAGAUCCUUGUCUUUAGUUGUUUUGUGCAGUUACUUGGCAUUACACGCCUUUCUCUUUUACUCUAGAUCCACAUUGUUAAUUUAAGGCUAAAAACUUUAUUUUUAAAUAAAAAAAUGCCUCCCAUCCCCAUGAGCAUCUUUGUUAUUUGUCU